CCAAUAGGGCGCGCGGGCGGCGCGUGCGCAGCGGCCAACGGGAGCGGCUCUUGUAGGGACCGCUUAGCCCAGAACCCCCUUAGAGCGGCGGGGGACGGCGCGCCGAGCGGAGGGGCCACGCUGGGUCCGGAGGUAGCCGCCCGCAGCAGGUCAUCAUGGUUUCCAUCCCUGAAUACUAUGAAGGAAAGAACAUCCUCCUGACGGGAGUUACAGGCUUCAUGGGAAAAGUGCUUCUGGAAAAGCUACUCAGAUCUUGUCCUAAAGUGAAAGCAGUGUAUGUAUUGGUAAGACAGAAAGCAGGGCAGACACCUGAAGCACGAAUAGAAGAAAUCGUCAGCUGUAAGCUUUUUGACAGAUUGAGAGAAGAGCAGCGAGAUUUCAGAACAAAAAUAGUAGUAAUUAUGAGUGAUCUUACACAGCCUGGACUGGAACUCAGUGAACCAAUCAAGAAAGAACUUAUAGAAUGCACUAAUAUAAUAUUUCAUUGUGCUGCUACAGUCAGAUUCAAUGAAUCGCUGAGAGAUGCUGUUCAGUUAAAUGUGGUGGCCACACAACAGCUCCUCCUCUUGGCACAGCAAAUGAAGAAUCUGGAAGUGUUUGUGCAUGUUUCAACUGCCUUUGCAUAUUGCAAUCGAAAACAGAUUGAGGAAAUAGUUUAUCCACCUCCUGUCGAUCCCAGGAAACUGAUAGAUUGUCUUGAGUGGAUGGAUGAUGGCCUGGUGAAUGAUAUUACUCCUAAACUGAUGGGCGAUAGACCUAAUACUUACAUAUUCACAAAAGCCUUAGCCGAAUAUGUGAUACUACAAGAAAGUGCAAAAUUAAACACUGUCAUUGUGAGGCCAUCUAUUGUUGGUGCUAGCUGGAAGGAGCCUUUUCCUGGAUGGAUUGAUAGCAUCCAUGGACCUAGUGGUUUCCUCAUUGCUGCAGGAAAAGGAAUUCUUCGAACAAUGAGGGCUUCCAACAAUGCAGUAGCAGACCUUGUUCCAGUAGAUGUUGCUAUCAACGCUACACUGGCUGCAGCCUGGUAUUCUGGAGUUAAUAGACCAAGAAAUGUCAUGGUGUAUAACUGUACAACAGGUGGCACCAAUCCUUUCCACUGGGGUGAAGUUGGAGACCUUGCUUAUUUGGCUUUCAAGAAAGUUCCAUUAGAAGGUGCAAUUAGGCACCCUAAACUUAGUGUGUAUUCCACCCCCAUCUUGCAUCAAUGGUGUGCUACAGUCAAACAAACAUUACCGGCAUUUUUGCUUGAUCUUGUUCUCAUACUGACAGGUCGUAGACCACGGAUGAUGAAAACAAUAACACGUCUUCAUAAGGCCAUGAUGUUACUAGAAUACUUUACAAGCAAUUCUUGGAUCUGGAGUACUGAAAAUAUGACCAUGCUAAUGAACCAGCUAAACCCCCAAGACAAAAAGACGUUUAAUUUUGAUGUUCGACAACUACAUUGGGCAGAAUACAUAGAAAAUUACUGCAUGGGAACGAAGAAAUAUGUGCUGAAUGAGGAAAUGUCUGGGAUCCCUGCAGCUAGGAAACAUUUGAAUAAGUUAAGGUAUAUACGCUAUGGCUUCAAUACAGUUCUUGUGAUCCUGAUCUGGCGUGUCUUUAUUGCAAGAUCUCAAAUGGCAAGAAAUAUCUGGUACUUUGUGGUUAGUCUGUGUUACAAGUUCCUCUCCUACUUCAGAGCCUCCAGUACUAUGAGAUACUGAAGAAGAGAAUUUAGCAUUAGGACAUCUAUGCAUAUGGUGGUCUAACUGCACAAAGCCUGUAACCUGUAGUCAUCUCACAUUUUGUAAAAGCAUAAUUUCAUCUUGAAUUGGAGUGCAAAAUACACGAUAUGGUAUAUGUCAUGUUAGUUGUGUAUCUUCCUGGAAACAGAUAAUAAAAUGGUCAAGUGCCAGGUUGAACUGGCAUUAGACAAGCAUUUAAAUAACUCUUUGACCUGGGGAAAACAUUUUAGACCACUGACCAACAUAACUGUGCAAUUUGGAAUUUGGAACAUGUUUUAUUGAAAGCUGCCUUAACAUGAUUUUUUGAGUUUUAUUCCACAUUGAGCAAGAUUAAUAUCUACUUAGUAGAUGCUAGUUGCUGUAGACCUAUUUAUUUGAAAUUCUUCUAAAUUGCAAAGGAUUUUACAAGUUGCGAAAGUGUAUAAAUGGUGGUGGAUCUCUUGAAAAAAAUUAUUUGAGGACUUUUUAUAAUUCGUCUUUUUACCAUUUCUUCCCUUCUCAAAGUAGGGGUACAACAAUGGUGCCUACUUUGCUUUAAAAGAAAAAAGGAGAAAACAAACAACCUUCCUUAAUUACUGAAAGGCCUUUUGUCUGAUCUGGUCGUCAGAAUGCACUUAGUCAUUCAGUUCUGUGCUCAAAACUGGCUGCAUCCAAUUUGCAUUUAUGUCAACAUGAAUGAUUUUUCUGUAAUUCCUUUUUAAAAUUACCUGUGUAUAUAUAAAGCUAGUGAUGAAAAGCCUAAAUGGUCUAGGACCACACCUUGUGUGAGAGACCUCUGUCUGUGGCUGAAACUAAGUUAUGGCUUCUGUGAUCGAAGAUGUUACACUUUUAACAAAUACAUUAGGUAUAUUACAUUUUCAGCUGCCUCCUCAAGUAUCUUACUAGACCCAAAAGUUUGCCUAAGCGUUCCUGCAUUGUAGACUUUUUUUCAGAGGUGCCUACUAUUCAGUGACCAUCCCCUACACCUUGUCCCAUGUUGGCAUGUGGCUGAAGUUUGCAAAAGGUGAACACAUCAUAUUCUGAACGUGGUUCUGUGAAGCAAUUUGCUUAUGAAUUUUGGUUGUUUAAAACUACUACACGUAUACUUCUAAUGUUGAUUUGUUAAUAUUGAGAACUAUGAAGCCAAUGAACUGAUUAUUUCUGGUCCAAAACACUGCUUGGAAAUCUGUUUUUAUGAAUAAAUAACAAAGAAAAGGAUUACUUUAAGUAUAAGGAUAUUUAACCUCUACUCUCUAAACAUUUGCUGAUUUAGAAACCCAGGGUUUUUCCCUCUGAAGACUGGUUCUGUGCACUAUUGGUAUCUAUCACAAAGUCCAUCAGUCAUCCUGUUUAACUGACAGCAGAUCAGUGUCACAUUACAUUAGUUUUGUCACUUUUGUCACCUGUGGUCAGUCUGUGAAAUUCUGUCUGAGACUACGGGGGGUUUUGCCAUAUCAGAACCCUAUUCUCUUGCAGUUCUUCAUACCAGUGCUUGCACAUAAUGGAUGUUGAAAAAAAAUAUACCAGAACUAUCUUUUGAUAUAAUAAGCUUGACUCGCUGUACUGACUAGCAAGUUACAGGGGGUGCUUCAGUUGGUUAAAUAGGAAGAAGAGUAGUCUGAAACAACAUGGUUACUUAACAGUUACUGGUAUUUAAAUUUGGGACCAGGAAAAAAAAUUGUUUUCCUGUAAUGUUUUUCUCUGCUGUAGGAACAAAUACUUGGGAAAAAAUGUUAAAUCUGUUAGCUUUUCUAAACAGAAAUAUUGGGUGCCUUUGUUUGUAAACCAAAAAAUAAAUAAAUCCCUGGAAAGUGUUGUUACAGUGUUUAUUGUAUUUUUGCAUAUUUGUAGUCUGUUUUGUGGAAAAAACCUGGAUAGUGUAAAUGCCAUCUUAAUAUAUGUGAACAUGCUCUUUCCUUUGUGAGAAACUGAAAAUUAAGUUAAUGACUAAUACAGCAUUUUAAAAAACAAGCCAGGAAAACCUUCACGAUCGCAAACCAAAAAAGCAACAAACAGCUCCCCCAGUCUGAACCUUCAUGGGGUGAUGUCAAAACGCAGCUUGGUUGUGCUGACUUUCUACGUAGCUGUUUUAUUCUGUCUUUGCCUGUUCGUGGUAUUAGUUUCAUAAUUACUUAAAUAGAUGAUGAGUGCUCUUCCCUAUGCUUUAAAAGUUUACUGUGCUUUUGCAGUAGCUUUUGGAUUAACUUGUCAAGGAAUUGUAAGCAACUACAGUUAUUCGUAGCAUUUACAUUUUGUGAGGGAGGAAGAGACAGCAUUAAGUUAGUGCAAUCACCAAAAUGGCAUGGUUUCUUCCUUUUACCAAGAGGACAGUUCUAGAGAUAAUGCAUUAUCUGUUAGCUGUGGUCUUGGGGGCUAGUAGCUUUAAAGCAUAACUUUUCCUUUACUUGACACUUUUAAAAUGUUAUCCCUUAUGUGUUUCAUGCUGUUAAACAUUUUGGUCUUUCUUCAUAGUACAGUAUUACAUAUUGCUUUAUUCACAAACAAAGAACGGGUCUAUAGAGGUAACUUAGAUCUCAAAAGUACCCUGUACAGA